CUCGAGCACAAAGCCGCAUUUAGCUUCCAGUAAUAACAGAGGGGUGACAUAACAUGCCAUGCACUGGGAAGACACAAAGACACUCUUAAAGUCGGACAUUCACGAUCAAAUGCUGAGAUGUUGGAUCCAGUCAGAGUUCUGCACGAGAGCUAAGUGUCCAGUGUCAUGAAACUCAAUCCACGCCAAGCUCCGUUGUAUGGCAGUUGUGUGCUCACCGUUCAGCUCAGCGAUGACGAGCUGUGUGAAAGAGAGGAUGUGGAGUUUUUCCUGCUCUUCACUGGAUCGACUCAGAGGCACGUGAGCACCACACUGAGAAUCAGCCAUGACACCCUACAGCUGGUGUGUCCGGCCCAUGACCGCUAUGAGUCUGUGGUGGUCACUCUGUGUUCUGGGGGUCCAGAUGGCCUCGCUCAUCACCUGUCCUCAGAACAGAUGUGUUUUGUCAAGGAUUUGGCCUUAGACAUGGCCCAGUUCCUGGUGAGUGCAGCAGGCCAGGACGAAGGGACAGAGGGCGCACUGCUGCUGAAUGAGUGUCACAUCCCCCUGCAGGAGUGUGAGAAGAUGGACCAGAGCCUGGCGCUUGCCUUCAGACACCUCACACUGCCUCCCAAAUGGAGUCUUUUAGGGGGCAAUAACGAGCCUCAGGAGACUCUUCUGCACUUCGCUGCUCGACGUGGGCUCCGGCGAGUGGUGUCAUUCCUCCUGCAGCAGCCCGGAGCGAGACAGGCACUGGCACUUCCCAACAGAGAAGGUGUGACCCCGGCAGCCCUGGCACAAAGCUGCGGACACAGUGCGCUGCUAGAGCUACUCACACAGGAGGAGACGAGCACUCAGGAUAGCAACGAGACACAUAGACGAGUGUGCUCUGGUGCGUAUGUGGUGCAGCACCACCCGGAUCUGAACACCUACUCCCUGUCAGCGGUCACCGAGUCUGGCACAACGGCAGAAAGCCUGAAGGCAGACGUGCAAGAGUUACGCCGUGCGAUUCUACAAAACACAACACUGGUCAAGCUGCCACACAUUGCCCAAGAAUGUGCAGAGGACUCGGAGGCCUGCUUCGAACACUCUCAGGACAACUCUGUCAACGACACAGAGGAAGAGUGUGAGAAAAGACACAAAAACGAGCAUCCAUGUCCACUCCGGUGUCAAGAAGCCGAGGGAGAUCGUUGCUUAAGCGUCGAAGCCCAUACGCUCCGUCCUCCUUCGGACAACGACAACGUAGACGGGGAACGGGCGUGUUCUUGUGAAAACAUCGACCGAGAUUAUGGAGCGCAAGCAGAAAGUGUAGCUGCUGGCAUACUAGGUGAUAGCAGUGACAGUUUACAGAACAGCUCUGAAGGAAAAAGCGCAGCCCCAUCCUGUGGAAAGCAGCAAGAGGAAACUGAUAGAGCUAAGGAGCUGAUCUGCGAGGCACAGCAGAGCUCCGAGGGGCCUGAAAGGGAGGUCCAGGAAGAGGGGUGCAGCGUGGUGAGAGCAGAUGAAAACCAGAGUUUAGAGCUAUCGGAGUCAGCAGCAGGGGACAUGGGAAUCACUCAGUCUUCAGACACACCUGGACUUUCUGACGUGAAAUCGUGUUCCCAGGGAGAAGAAGGCCAGGAUGAGAGUGAAGUGGGGAAUGGAAGCAACAGCUCUCAGGAGCAGGGGGAGAUAGACGGAACCAAAGAGAGCUCAGAAACGGGUCGAUCAGAAAAUGGCAUGAGAGAAUUGAACGAGGCGGACUUACAAUCUGGGAGUCUGUUUAUUUUAGCAGAUGUGAUACAUCCAGUGGAAGACAAGCAUGAAAUAAAUUCCAGUCAGACAAGUGACAGCAGUGAACCUAAAGAACAGGAAAACACUGCAAAAGAAAAUCCUGAUGUACAGGAAGGGGGUGCCCUUGAUAUUUCCUGUCAUGAUGCUAAAACAGAAAGUAAUCACGAACAAUCUGCUACAACGUGCUGCCACAGAGAGGAAACUGAUCCUACUCCAGAGGAAACACGUCAAAAGACCGAUACGGUUGAAGAACUUCAGAUGCUCUCAGGUGAAGAGACUAAUCCGUGUAGUUCAGGUUUUGAACCGGAUAAAACAUCUUCUGUGACACUUGAUACUAUUUCCCAAAACAGCGCUCACUUACAUGAGCCUGCGCUCGAGCCAGACCCAGAAGCGGCCACUGGGGAACCCGACUCAACAGUCAUAAGUGAAACAACAGCAGGAAGUGAGAGUGAAGGACAAACUUUGGGAAGGAGCGCUGACGUCUCCCAGGCUGCACUUGGCUCAGAUCCUGAAUCUUCAACACCAUCCAGCGAGGACACUCCAAAGCCUGAGGAAACUGAGCAGGUUUCCGAAAACAUGGUACAGAGAGUUUCUGCCAGUGAGCCGCAGGAAGUCGCACAGCAUAACAGCCUUAAGUAUGAAUGCGAGCACAGGCAGGUCUUAACCGACGGUGAGGAAAGGAUUUCUUUAGAAAACAACAACCGGACAGAAGAAACCUUGUUAAACAGCAAAGGUGGACUGCCAGAAACGAGUGACGUUCUUCCUCUAAAGAAUAAUGACGUUUCUCAUCACGCAGACAGAGAUGCCCCUUUAAACACUCUAGAUUCAGAAGAAACUUCAGAAUUGAGGACUGCUGGAGACAGCCUCGUAAUUAUCGAGGAAGAAGUCCAGAAUAGCUUGGACCACAGUGAGGCCGUGCUUACUGUCCCAGCUGAUAUUGUGGACAGUUCAGUCUCACUUGAUGAGCACUUAAGACUCAGAGCUGAGGAUAAAGUUAAGCCUGAAGCAGCGGACACAGAUUCUGUGACAGAGGAGAAAAAAACACAAAAAAUUAACCAUGAAGAGGAUGUCGAUGGACAUAUCAAAGCCCCCCAGGAAGAGUUAGACGUCUCCCUGGACGAUCAGACGUGUCUCCAAGGUGAAAACAGUGAUAUUGAGGUAUCUGUGAUUCACAGAGAGGGGCACUCGCUGUGUCUCGACAACUCCACACACAGCAGGCCGCUAGAAAAGAGACACAGCUCUGCGUCCACAGAGAGUUCUCGGUCCCCAGCUCGCCACAGCACAGGCAGCACCACUCUCCGAGAUUCGGGCAGUGACACCGAUGGCAUCAUCAGCACUGACCCGGGAGAGGACAGCGUCUUCACAAAGGGUCGGGAGGCUCUAGGUGUGAGCGACAGUGCCAGUGAGGUGUCUGUCUCUUGCUCGUCCACAGACGACGCGGCUAGCCUGUGCCAGCCCAGUUCGUCUGCCGAGAGCUCAGAGGAAGUGCGUCGCCGAGGAGCUGGUUCAGGAGGGGGAGACGCUGACGAGGAGGCCAAAGACCGCGUGACCGAGGUGCCGCUGCGCUCGUCUCUGUUCUGCUCCUCCGUCCGCUCGCAGUCUCCAUUCCGCCGGCACAGCUGGGGGCCGGGCAAAAACCAGGCUGGAGAUAGCGACAUGAAUCAGCGCAGUUCUUUACGAAGUCCCGGGGACCAAAAGCCCAUCCUUCAUAGAAGAAGUCUUAGCUGGUGUCCCACUGAGCUCCCCUUCAGUUCUGACCUGGAUGAGAUUAGCCAACUUCUCAGUUACAGCCUAGAGGGUCUGGCAGAGAGGGAUGAUGGGAAACGAUGGCAGGCAUCGGGAGCGCGCUCCUCUCAGGACCAGCAGAGCGAAGACACAGGCUCCCAGGUGUCUCUCACUGAGGAAGGGCAGGACUCUGACCUGGGAGACAGCAGCAGCCUGGACAGUCAGAAAUCGAGAAGAUAUCGCCCAUUCAGGCGCAGCUGUCAGUCUAUGACUCUUCCACUUCGAGAGAGUGUCUCCAUGCUGUCCAUCAGUCAGAGGGACAUUGAUGCUGGGAGACCCUAUGGUCCCUAUAGCACUUUAAAUUCUCUGUCCUACAGUAUUACAGAAGAAGAACCUGGUCCUUUGAGAGGGGGUUUUGAAGGAAAAAGUGAGAACAGAGUGAGCCGCACCUUUAGUUACCUGAAGAGUAAAAUGUACAAAAAGUCUAGGGAAAAAGACAAAGAGAAGAGUCGGGAAAAAGACAGAGAAGCCAAGGAAAAGGAAAAGAAGGCAGUGAACGGGCAUCUGUUCAGCUCGGUGAGCUUGAGCGGUGCAGCUUUUUGCCAGCACUGUAACAAAACCCUCAAUGCUAAGGACGCAGUCAGUUGUGCUGUUUGCAGCAUCUAUGUUCAUAAGAGCUGCCGAGACAGCGUUGCGGUGUGUACCAAAGGAAAGUUUCCGAAACAGCCCCAGAUUGUAGUACCUGACUCGGCUACCAUGCCUGGAGUCACUUUAAGAACAAAAAGCUCUGCCCCACGGGAAAGGCCCUGGUCAGCAAUUCUGUCUCCAGACGACCACCUCUCUUUGGUGGCCGUGCCACGUAGACACACUAGCAUCAUGCCUUUCAACAGUAGCAACCUGUCUAAAAGCAUUUCUAUCAGCAACAUUGCAGUAUUUGAUGAAAUGCCACUAAAGAGUCUGAGAUAUUUAUCCCAGUCCACCGACAAUUUGCACAAAGCCAACAAGGUCAACGAAUCCACAGAGUCUUUAAUAGAUGAAGGAACGGAGAUCGAUGGGCAGCUAAUGGGAGAGUUCGAGGCGGAUGCUAAAGAGUUUGAGGCCGACUCAUGGAGCUUUUCGGCUGAUAAGAAAUACCUGAAACAACUGAAAAAGGACGUCGUCAAGCGACAGGAUGUCAUUUAUGAGCUGAUUCAGACAGAGAUGCACCAUGUGCGUACGCUGAGGAUCAUGGCCGAUGUAUACAGCAAAGGGCUGCUCAAAGAGGUGCAGCUGGAGGCCCAGACGGUGGACAAGGUCUUCCCUGUGCUGGAUGACCUACUGGAGAUGCACACACUCUUCUUCAGCAGCCUGCUCGAGCGGAGGAGGGAGGCCAAGCAGGAGGGCAAGGAUGGAGCCUUUACUAUAAACAGGAUUGGGGAUAUAUUGAUGAACCAGUUUUCUGGCUCCAAUGCUGAAAGCAUGAAGAAAGUUUACGGGAAGUUUUGCAGCCGUCACAACGAAGCAGUGAACUUGUACAAGGAACUACACGCCAAAGACAAGCGCUUCCAGACUUUUAUCAGGAAAAAGAUGAGCAGCAGUAUUGUUCGCCGACUGGGGAUCCCAGAGUGCAUCUUGCUAGUCACUCAGAGAUUAACAAAAUACCCGGUCCUGCUGCAGCGGCUCCUGCAGCACACUAAAGAGAAUGAAGAGGACUAUGUGGGCCUGACACAGGCUCUGCAACUUAUUAAGGAGAUCAUAGCUGCUGUGGACAACAAGGUAAACAAUCACGAGAAAAAAAAGAAACUAGAGGAAAUCUAUAACCGGACAGAUGGCAGAACCAUCACACGCAUGAAGAGCGGUCAGAUGUUUGCUCGAGAAGAUCUAAUACGAGGACGAAAACUCCUUCAUGAUGGGCCUCUCCAGCUGAAAGCCUUGACAGGAAGACUGAAGGAUGUGCAAGCCUUGCUUUUAUCUGACGUCUUAAUAUUUCUGCAAGAGAAGGACCAGAAAUACGUCUUCGCUUCACUAGACCAACGCGCCACCGUUAUCCCUCUACAGAAGCUUAUCGUCAGAGAGGUGGCUAACGAGGACCGGGGCUUCUUCAUCAUCGCAGCAGGCAUCGAGCGUCCAGAGAUGGUGGAAGUCCAUGCCACUUCAAGAGACGAACGGAACACAUGGAUGCAGCUCAUCCAGAACGCUAUGCAUUCUAGAGAAAAGGACGAGGAUGAAGGCAUCCCUAGUGAGACGGAGGAAGAUAAAAAGCUGUUGGAGUCCAAAGUGAAAGAGAUGAGAGCCAUUCUUCAGAGAAAGGAUGAUCAGAUCGUGGCUCUCUUGAAUGAAAAGAUAAAGCUUUUUAAUGACAUGUGUGGUUCUGGAUCGCAUGAAGACCUGACCACCAGGACACUCUUCAGGGCCUGCAAUGAGAGCCUGCCCAAGGGAGAAAAUAUCAUGAAGGAAGCAAUUAGAGAAGUGGAGAUGUUGCAGACGCUGGUACACAGUGGUCUGGGAGGAGCCGUGAGCCAGCAGGGGGGCGCUGAAUCCGGAACCACAGCUUUGGUGCUUCUGCCUCGUAGAUCCGAGACCUUUGGAGGCUUUGACAGCCAACAGAUGAACAGCUCCAAACACGGAGAUAAAGAGGAGGCCGAUGACCUGAGGAGGACAGAGUCCGACAGCGUCCUGAAAAAGGGGGGGAACGCCAACCUGCUGCUGGUGCUAAAGAGGAACAGAGAGCAGGUCCUGAGCAGUGUUACACAUCUCCAUGAUCUCCUCAGUUCACUACAGGCCUUGGUGGUUCAGCAGGACACCUUCCUGGAGGAGCAGCGGCAGGCUCUAAGUGAGCGUCCGUCCUCACGUCCCCAGUCUCGGCCUCCGUCUCUAGUGGAGCAGGAGAAGCAGCGCAGCGCAGAGCGUCAACGUCAGGAAGCAGCCGCUCAUGCUGAGGAGAGGAAACGCAGAGAGAAGGAGUGGGAGGCGCGGGAUAAAGAUCUGAGCAACCGAGAACAGUUUCUUAACACCAAGGAGGACGAGGCGCAGAGGAGGAACGCUGAGUUGGAGGACGCACAGCGGGAGCUUCAGGGCAGGAAAGAGGACUACCAGAAAGACCUGGAAAGACUGAGAGAUGCACAGAGGAAGCUGGAGAGAGAAAAGGAGCAAAUGCAGAAAGAGAUGGAUAUGCUGGAGCAGCUUAAGGAGAAGGAGAAAAGGGUGAACAGGACUUUCUCGAGCACAUCAGAGGACUCAUUAAACAUUCAGAGCAGCAGCUCUGUGGAGCAAGAGACGAAGCAGGAGAAAGACGAAGACGAACAGUCCACUAGCCCCAGAAAAAAUUCUCUCUCCAGAAUGGACUCCAAACAGAAAGGGAGAAAUCUUAACGCCUUCAAUCCUUUCGCUCCUAAAGCCAUGAGCGCAGAGAGUCAGAAACAGAUCCCUACCCGUCUCCUGCAGCUCACCAGGCCCAAAGACAAGAAAGACAAGAAGAAGAAGAAAGGCAAGAACAAGCCCAGUCAGGAAGCAGAAUCCCAUCUGCUGCCACUGACAGAGCCUUCGCUGAAUGGAGAUAUUUUCUUCUGCUGAUUUGGCCUUCGCCACCAAUCAAUUCAUAACUCCCUUGUUCUCUAAGCUAUCUGCACCGGCUGAAUGUAACUCAGUGCCGGAUGCCUGCCAAAGUGCCCGCGCUGCAUCCCUGGCACGCUCCACCACGCUAAUUGGGCAGAAUUCGCCCUGAAAUAUUUCCAUGUCCUGCAUAUGUGGCGCGUACACGCGAGACAUGUUUCUGUAUGUGCAAUUCACAGAGUGAACACUUCUGAAUGUUUCACACUCAAGCCCCAGAAAGUUAUAUAUAUAUAUAUAUAUAUAUAUAUAUAUAUAUAUAUAUAUAUAUAUAUACACUGAAAGGCAAAAUACAAGAAGGAUUAAAACAAUAUCUGCCUUUAAUUAUUGAGAGCAGUCAAACCCAUAGUGGAUAACUACACCAAACCAAUGAAGAAACAAGGUUCUGUAAUUAUGUAAUUAUUUGAGAACUUCUUUUUAAUUCUAUCAGGCACUUUAUAGACCUCCACGAAUACAGAGACAAUCAGUGUAGACAUCAUUAAUACAAGACUAUACUAGUCUAUUAUAGAGAUCCCUUUCACUUGUGCUUAUAACCACUUUUUAUAUAAGUACAGACAUAUCACAAUGUGUGAGUUUAAAUACUGUGGAGGUCCUACGAGUAUUCUAGACGUAUUUCUAGCAAAACAAGGCUAAAAAGAGUAAAAGUGUAAAUAUUGUAGAGAUCAUAGAAAUAAAAUAACCUGCUGGACGGGAGAGUGUGUGCACAGAAUAUGCAACACCCACUAAAAACUGCCUCAGCUACACAGUCACACCACUUAGGCACGACACCUAACAAUCACCGCAACCACUUUAAUUCACCUCAAUUUUUUUUAUUUUUUACUUUUUAAUAAUAAUAAUUAUAAUAAUACACCGAAAUGUUCAUCUGGCUAAACUGCCAUCAGAAGAGUUUAAUCAAUUAGCUGUUGUGGUCUUUGACUUAAACCGUGUUUUUAAAAAAAAUCGAGCUAUUUCCUUUGUUUGUUCAUUUGUUUCAGCUAGCACUUGCUUGCACUGAACGAAUCGACCCAGCAGGAGGUGACAGAGAGUACUCUGUUGUUUGUCAUGUACCUAUACAUUGAUGUGUGUGUGUGUGUGUUUAUGUGACCCUAGGACUGAGGUCAUCAAGAAUUAUGCUCUGAUGAGAGAAGAUGGUUCUUAUACACAUAAGAUAGGGAAAACCAUUUCUCUCUCUCUCUCUUUCUUUCUAUGGCCUUACAAAAAUUGAAGACGUGUGCAGUUUCAGUCUUUGCUACACUUUUGAGAUUUGUGUGGGACUAAAAAGGAAACUAUAAAUAAAUCAGGCAAAGUAUUUAUAAUCGCUCAUGAAAGUCAGAUUGUGUAGCUUAAACAAAUUAUGAAAUGCACUAAAAUAUGAUGCAGAAUUUUCUCAGGAGUGCAAAAAAAAGUAAGAAAUAUUCAGUACUUGAAGGUACAUGUAUUGUUUUCUUGCUAAAUUAUGUAAAUUGAAAAAUUAAGACUGUAAAUAUUUUGUGAAUGAUCGUCACUGUAUAAGAAAGGACCAUAUGUUUGUGUAAUUUGUAGGUGAUUUCACUAUUUUGUAAGAAGACUUUAUUUAUCGUUGGAGGUGAAAAUGUAAUAUUUUCCUCAAAAUAAUUAAAAGAAACCUGUUUAACUGUU